GAUGGUAACAUUCUCUGCUGUCAGAAUCCAUUCCCCCAUGCACAAAUCUAAGCCUAACCCUUCCCUGCCCUACCGUACCCUACCUACCCUAACCCUAACCUACACUACCCUACCUACCCUAACCCUAACCCUAACCAUAACCAUAACCAUAACCAUAACCCCAUACCCUUUCGGGGCUAGGGGGAAACAAAUUGCGACAGGGAACACAAUUCGAUACAACACUGGUACGGAACCAGCUUUUACGCCCCGGAACGGCCUUUUCUGCGGUGGAAACAUGCAGAACAGUUCGAGAAUUCACAUCAGCCCAGGAACCCUCCCCUGAACCAUGACGGCAGAAAAGGGCUAUUUGAACAGCCUCAGGUUGGUUAUUGAGGAUAUGAUGACCUCAUCCUCUCCAUUCUCAAAAAGACAGCAGCAGGAGCCAGUAAUGUUCAGCAAAGACAAGGGUCACGUCCAGGGUUUGGAUCUUGCUCAGGGUCUCAUUCAGGGUUCAUUUCAGUUCCAGGGUGUGGGUCAGGCUCAGGGUCACGUCCAGGGUUGGGUUCAGGGUCAGGGUCACAUCCAGGGUUCGGUUCAGGAUCAAGGUCAUGUCCAGGGUUUGGGUCAGGAUCAAGGUCAUGUCCAGGGUUUGGGUCAGGUUCAGAGUAUGUGUCAGACUCAGGGUCAAAGUUCGGGUCACGUUCUGAGUCAGAGUUCGGAUCACGUUCUGGAUCAGAGUUUGGAUCAGAGUCAAUGUUCAGGCCAGGAUAGAGGUCAGGAUCAGCAUACUGACCUCCAGGAUCAGGGACAACAUCAGACAGAAGGUCAAGAUCUGGAGCAGGAGAUCAGUCAGUUGUUCCAGUGCUUUGACAAACCGGAGUCCAUGAUCACUCCCCUGAUGGACCAGGAACAUGACAGGUGUAAGAACGCUGAGUUGGUGACUGAUGUGCAGGGAGCCAUACUGCAGCUACAGGCCGAGUUAAAGAAACUCCACAGCAUAUCCAGCCACCUGAUAGAAGAACAUAGCAAGAAACAGAUUCAUAUCGAUCAUUUGUACAAGACUAUGGAGGAGCUGGACGAGAAGAAAGCUAAUAAGGAACUGGUAGAGAUGGAGAUUGAAAAUAAAGCAGACAAGCAUGCUCUGGAGAGCAAGGUGAGCUGCAUGCAGUUUGACAGCGUGACGGAGCAACUGAAUAGCAUGCUGCAGGAGCUGCUCAGUAAGAUCAGUGGUCAGGAGCAGGACUGGAACAAGAUCAUGGAGAAGAUCUCCACAGAAAUGGACUGCAAGUUGAACCGGAUUGAACUGGAUCCUCUGAAGAAACAGCUGGAUGAUCGCUGGAGGAGCAUUCACAAGCAGCUGCAGACACCUCCAGCACCCGAGCAGGACGACGCUGCAGGACUCAGGAAGCAAUUAUUGGCCCCCUUUCACUGCAUCUCUUGUGACCGCCCAGUGGAUAUGACACCAGGACAGCACUUGGUUACUCUGCCCUCUGCCCCAGGACUGCCCACUCACAAGUCCAACCGGCCCUAUACUGUCUACGAGCUGGAACAGGUGCGACAGCACUGCAGAAGCCUGACACCAGGCAGUAACCAGGAUAACUUCAGGAUGGCUUGUGUUAAGAGGGGCAUGAGACAGGAUCAGCGCAGUUACACUUUAAUGCACAGACAAAUAGAGCAAGAGAACAGUCACUUUCCUACAUCAAAGGCCCCAGAGCAUCCUUACAGCCAGACUCUGCCAGAACUUGCGUGGCCCCGUCCCCGGCCCACCAUGAGCCCACUAAAGAAGAGCAGCCGGAAACCCAGCAAACAUGAGCGGAUUCCAGAAAUGGCCGAUUACAGUUAUCUGGCCCGUAGCUGUGGGGGCAGUCAUACCCUCACCUACCCCCAUCGCCGCUACACCCGCCUCCAACACAUCACCCACCUGAUCCAGUCUGAAGAGGAGAGCCAGCCCGUGUCCUCUGGACCACCCAUACAGGCAGAAGUGGUGGACAUCUUGGGUAUGGAUGGACAGGUCUACAAGGGCCGUAUGAGUAGCAGAGCAGUCAGGACCACAGAGUCCAGACUACCCACCAUCUCUCCAAGAGAAGGUAACUGCAAGAGCAAAGACAAGGUCAACUGCCUGCCUUCCCAGAGGUCCAGUGGAGUGGAUGCCGGCCGUGGAAGUCCUGCACGGCCACAGAGUGCCAAAACUCAGCGCAGCCACUCAGCUUCCAGUAGCUCAGUGCGAGAGCGGCCCACGUCCUCCAUGGACAAUCUGUCCCAGGGCAUCACGCUCCAGUCCUCAUUCCAUGACACCACCACCGAGCCCAAACAGGGACUGGAGUUCAACAAAGACCUCAGCCAAUCAGAGGAUGAGCCGGUGACAUCACUGUAGAGCUCGUCCAAUAGGAGCUUCUCCAUUGUUUGAAUAGAUUGUUUACAGCUGUGGGUGAUAUGAGCUCUGUUUGUGUACAGAGGGGAUUGUGAACAUGUGGCUGUGAAGAAACUACAUACAAGAUUCAAUAAAUAUUUGUAUGCAUAUGCGUCAGUCAUAUUAAAAAUGCAGUGUUUGUCUUAAUAGUAACAUACUCUAGCAGUCAAAUGUUUGGACACAAAUACUGAACUUGGUUUUGAACAUUUUCUCAGUCAGUUACAUAAAACCCUUUGCAGCUGUUUGCAGUGUGUCACAGACAAACUGUGCAUUCAAGCUCAUAACAUUGUCAUUUUUUUUUCAUGUGCAUUGUUCUUCUGUGUACGGAAAAUGGAUUCCGGUUAACAUUCCUGAGGGUGUUUAAACAUAUUUUUGUGCUAUCAAAUGACUCUUUCUGAAGAAUCAGUGGGAGGAUUUUGUACAUUCUUUAUGCCUGUUUGACCGCAUAUCUACCUCUUAAAAUGUGCAGCUACUGCUAAUAAAUCUGCAA